CGAUUUUGUGAUCAGUGCUGUUAGGGGUCUCCGCGAACGUGGUCGUUCAACAAUGAUUAUAUUGUGGCUGGUUAUUGGCCUGAGUGUGCUGGCGCACUGGCUCUACAGGAUCAACCAGAACUAUUACAUACUGUCCUUCUUCUCCAGAAGAAUUCGAUCGAGAGAUGGAACGCCGGUGGAGAGCAUAGCGCCCAUGCCCAAGGGCAAAACCAUAUUCGGCAACACCUUCGAUUUGUACGGCAGAGACCACGCUGGUGUUUUCGAUCACUCCCGCGAACGAGCCCAGCAAAUGGGAACUAGCUACAUUGAAUAUGCCAUGGGAACCGCCAUUUACAAUGUCAUCGAUGCGGAUAGUGCGGACAAUGUACUCAACCAUCCCAAUCUGAUAACCAAGGGACUGGUGUACAACUUCCUGCAUCCCUUCCUAAGAACGGGUUUGCUGACAUCAACUGGGAAGAAAUGGCAUGCACGUCGCAAGAUGCUCACACCGACAUUCCACUUCAAUAUAUUGAACCAGUUUCAAGAGAUCUUCAAAACGGAGAGUAUAAAGUUUCUUCGACAGUUCGAGGGUCAAGACGAGGAAAUCAUAACAUUACACGAUGUUAUACCAAGAUUUACACUAAACAGUAUUUGUGAGACUGCAAUGGGUGUCAAGCUGGAUGAGAUGGCCGAGAAGGGCGAUCGUUACCGUGAGAAUUUCAACCAGAUCGAAGAAAGUUUUAUUCGUCGUUUGAGAAAUCCUCUUCUGUGGGGCGAUACUCUGUUCAACUUGUUUGCGGCCAAGGAUUAUGCUGCUGCCCUAGAUGUUGUCCAUGGAUUUUCCAGCGAGAUUAUUGCCAAGAGGAGGGUUUUGCUCCAGGAUGAGCUGGACAACAGACGGGACACCCAGACAGCUGACGAUGAUGUAUUUGUUCCAAAGAAACGAUUCGCCAUGCUGGACACCUUAAUUUGCGCUGAGAAGGAUGGCCUCAUCGACCACAUUGGCAUUUGCGAGGAGGUGGAUACUCUUAUGUUCGAGGGCUACGAUACCACCUCAAUUGGUCUUAUCUUUGGUCUGAUGAACAUGUCUUUGCAUCCCGACAAGCAGGCCAUAUGCUUCCAGGAGAUUCAAGACCAUAUAGAUGAUGACUUGAGCAACUUGGAUGUGAAUCAACUGAGUAAGCUGAAAUACCUGGAGUACUUCAUGAAGGAAACCAUGCGCCUGUUUCCCUCGGUUCCCAUUAUGGGUCGUGAGGCCGUUCAGGAGGCAGAGCUGGCCAAUGGUCUGAUCAUUCCGAAGGGUUCGCAGAUAACCAUUCACGUCUUUGAUAUUCACCGCAAUGCCAAGUACUGGGAUUCCCCCGAUGAGUUCCGUCCUGAGAGAUUCCUACCCGAAAAUGUUCAGAACCGCCAUACCUACGCCUAUAUUCCAUUUAGUGCUGGUCAGAGAAACUGCAUUGGUCAAAAGUAUGCCAUGCAGGAGAUGAAAACCCUUAUGGUGGUCCUGCUGAAGAAGUUCGAGAUUUUGCCAGCCAUCGAUCCCAAGAAGAUAGUGUUUCACACGGGAAUAACUCUGCGCACCCAAAACAAAAUUCAAGUAAAGCUCUCGAGGCGAAAAUAAGUCAGGGGAUUUUCUACCAUGAAAGUGAAACUAAGCAUGACAUGCACAAAUUCUAAUCAUGAAAAAUGUACAAACUAGAAUUUGCCUUAUUUAUUAAAUACUCAGUGUUUAUAAUAGCUUUUUUAAUAAACUGGUUUGUGGUAUGGAAGAGUAAAACA